CCUGGAGGUCCAGAGCACUACAGAGUUUAGCUCCAACCCUAAUCAAACUUACCCACCUGUGAUUUCCUAGUGAUCAUGAAGACCUUGAUUAGCUUGCUCAGGUGUGUUUGAUCAGGGUUAGAGCUAAACUAUGAAGUGCUCCGGACCUCCAGGGUAAGAUUUGAAGAAGGGGGAUAUAAAGGAUAUAUAUUUUUCUGGGUUUUUAUUAUCAGACUGGUUUUAUUUUAAUAAGCAGACGUCCAGGAAUGCAGUAACUGCAAUAUUAGUAGAGCAAAAACCAGCAUAUAACCGACAGAAAUACUAAUAAACUAUCAAACUACUUUGGUGGAUCGAACAGCGAACGUUUCUCAAUCCGAAGGCUGCAUCCUCCGCAGGUCGCAUAUGUAGGCUGCAUACGUCUUAAUUCAGAAUAUUAACAAAUAUAAAUUUGACUAUUAUUAUUAGUUAAUCGUAAAUUGUUGUAAUGCGCUUAUGAUUUGUGAAUGUAAUGCUCAGUUAACUUAAAUAAACCAGACUUGACUUGGUGACUGCCUGCUUAUGCGACCUCAGCAGGAUGCAGCCUUCCGAUUGAGAAACGGCCCCAUUCACGCCGCCUCUCGCCACUGAUGUUGCUUAGCAACCAUCACACACACAGGAAGUACAUUAACGAUGGCUUCUCGAUCAGUGGACUCGUCCGAGUUUAACAGCUUAUUAUUGGAUGACAGAGUUUCUCUGUUCACCCGACGACUCAUGGAGAACCACACGAGUGUCAGAAAGAAGUUUCUGUUACACCGGCUUUAUGUGGUCGGUUGUCUCCCUUCUGGACUCACAGACAGACGGACUGUAGUAGCUCACUAUGAGAGAUUCAUCUUCAGCCAGCAGAGACUCAGACCAGGUGAAGGUCUCACAGGACUUCUGUUGAUUUAUCCUGAACACGCGCUGCACAUCAUCGAGUGUUCAACUGAAGUUCUGCUGUCUGUCAUCCAAGACCUGGCACACAGUGCUGUGAUCCUGAAGUCCAGAGUUGUGUUGGUAUCUCACGACAUCUCCAGCAGACUCUUCCAGCAGUGGAGCUUCACGCUGUUUAAAGAGUUUGACAGCAGAGUCACCAUAAACUCAGAGGAGCAGAACUCUGAAGAACUCCUGAUCCAAACACUUCAUCAACUCCUCCAGCUCGCCUCACACCUCCUCAAUACAGGAGACGAUAUCACGGAAUGUAAAGAGAUUUCAGAGGAGGUACUAAAGGAGUCACAGCUGAUUCCUCCACUGUCUGCAGUGCGUCAUCUCAUCCAGAUGGAGGUGCUGUUGAGCCCGGUGCAGUAUCUGAAUAUAUAUCACUCACCACUACACCAUCAGCUGGACUCUGGUCAUGUAUUUGGGAGUCUUCAACCAAACACAGUAUAGAGUUUUGGCUUUUGGGCCACAGAAUCUAGAAAAUCUUCAUAUUCUCUGAACGACUGAACACAGAACGCUGGCUCUUUGUCGACAACUAAUUCUCAGACAAAGAUAUUAAGUUCCCCUAUAUAUAUAUUUAGAUAAAUAUGAC